GCACGGAAGCGGAGCUGUGUGUGUGAUGAAGGUGUGAGUGUGACUGUCUUUCCACAUUAAGAGUGCAGUCAGUGAUCUCCUGCUUCUCCGGAACCGAGGCGGCCCGGCCGGGGCUCCAUGUCCCGGGAUGUUUGACCUAAAAGGAGGAUGGAACCUGUCCUUCGCCGGCUGCGGGUUCCUGGGGAUUUAUCACAUCGGAGUGGCCAGCUGCCUGCUGGAGAAGGCGCCCUACCUGGUGAAGGGAGCCACCAAGCUGUACGGGGCCUCGGCCGGCGCUCUCACAGCCUCCGUGCUCGCCAGCCAAGCCUCCAUAACUACAUGCUGUGAAGAUGUCAUCGCGGUGGCAAAGGAGGCCAGGAAGAGGAACCUGGGCCCCCUUCACCCCUCCUUCAACCUGGUCAAGGUGCUCAGGUCAGGCCUGAGUCGCGACCUGCCCUCCGACGCUCACAUCCUGGCGUCAGGCCGGCUGUGCAUCUCCCUCACGCGAGUGUCCGACGGACAAAACGUCCUGGUGUCCCAGUUCGGCUCCAAGGAAGAGCUUAUUCAGGCCCUCAUCUGCAGCUGCUUCAUCCCCAUCUACUGUGGCCUGAUUCCUCCGUCCUUCCAAGGAGUGCGUUACGUCGACGGGGGCAUCAGCGACAACCUCCCCCAGUCGGAGGUGAAGAACACCAUCACCAUCUCUCCGUUCUCGGGCGAGAGCGACAUCUGCCCCAAGGACAACUCCAGCAGCUUCCACGAGCUGCGCUUCACCAACACCAGCAUCCAGAUGAACCUGGGCAACAUGUACCGCCUGAGCCGAGCCCUGUUCCCCCCAGAGCCCAAGGUCAUGGCAGAGAUGUGUCAGAGUGGCUACAAGGAUGCUCUGCGCUUCCUUGAGGAUAACAACCUGCUGAUGCUGGAGCGUCCGGCCGCCGGCCCCGCCCUGCCGGACCCCCCGGCCGACUGCUGCUGCAGGCACGCCGAGACCACGAGGGAGUGGGUGCUGCGGCGGCUCCGCCUGGUGGGCAAACAGCACUGGUGGCUGGACGAGCAGCUCGUCCUGCCGACGCACAUCAAGAAAGUGUUCUGUGAGGCCUGCCAAGGCAAGGCUGGCCUGUACGCCACAGUGUCAGAAACGCUGCCAAUGAGAGUGGCUUCCUACAUGCUGCUGCCGUACACACUUCCUGUGCAGUCGGCCUACUCAGUGGCCCAGAGAUUGGUGGAGUGGAUCCCCGAGGUGCCGACUGACGUGCGCUGGCUGUUCGGGGUGGCAGGCGACGUGUACCGGCACGCCUGGAGAGGAGCGCCAGCCGCCUCCGACGGUGACCCAUGCCUGAGGAAGUGCCUGAGCUCGCCGCCGACCGUUGAGCACAACAACUUCGUGGAGAAAGACAAUCUACCGGCUUUCUCCGCCCUGGACCUCCACAGCGACUACUGGGACGUCCUCAGCUCGAGCCCGUCCUCUUCCUCCCAGCACCAGCUCUCUCCCAGCCCCUCUCCUCGACAGGUCUGCUUCUUCGUGGGCACAGAGGACGAGCCGCACGAGUGAAAUCACAACAGGAGCUGCACUUUAGCAACGAAAUUGUGGUCAAAUCUCAGCUCCGUCCCGCUCCUGAUCAGCCCUGCUGUCUGAUUGGAGGAGAUCCGCUGGGUUGGGUGCUGGCGAUUUGACAAAAGUGAGACUGAACUUGUGAAUCCAUGUUGCACAAGUGCACGAGUGUUGUUCAGGACGCACAGCUCUGUUUCCGACUCCGAACACUCCAGGCAGCACCGAGCAUACCGUGUUUUAACGGCUGGCAGUGUCACUGCUAUCUCAGGAUUGCAGAUGUGUUUUAUGGCCUGUUUUAUUUUCGACAAAGUCUCCCUUUACACCUGGCGAUAUUAACAUGUGCCUCAAAUCCAGAUUGUACCUACACCCGGCAGUAAAAUGCAUCUCUCUCUCACACUGAAAUAUUUUACAUCCUUUAAAACUGACAGUGAAUACUGUGUCUCUACUCAUCCAUGUCCUGACAAUCCAUUUGUGGUGGCAUGGGCGAUUUCUAAAUCUUAAUAUUGCGAUAUUGUUGCAAUAUUUCAACAAUGAUGAGCAGAUUCAGCCAAUCCAACAUCAACUCAGAAUUUGAAAAGUCAGUUUAUUUUAUUUUAUUUUAUUCUAAAAUCUCCUACAUUCACUGUUUUAUGUACAUGGUUUGCACAUUAAUCAAAAUUGUUGUGUGUAUAAUCAAAAUGACCUACGCACGCGUGACUACUGCCAUGUGCAUAUGUGUUAUAUGGAUAAGUGCAGUGCCAACAAUCUAAUUUUUUUUUUUUUUUAACUCAAAUAGUUAAAUAAAAGAAUGCAUACGGGUGGGUUCAAUAUUGUAACAAAUAUAGCAUUUGGCCACUAAUAUCAUGAUAUUUAAUAUUAUCAGAUAUCAGUGGUCACUUGUCCAAGCUGCCUGCUACCAACUGAUAUAUAUACAUAUAUAUAUAAAAUCAGCUGCCUGAUAUUAUUGGCCAAUAUUGGCUCUUUUUAGAUAUAUUUGUACUGGAGUGCAUGUUGGUCAGCAUGCAA